AUGACGCAAGUCAAUCUGAUGAACAACUACUUCAACCCUAACUCAAUGUACACAGAAGAGGGUUUCAGAUGUCGCUUCCGGAUGAGGUGUCAUGUCUUCAAGUGUUUACUUCGCGAUGUCCAGCAGAUUAAUCUAUACUUUCAACAGAAGCGGGACAGAGCAGGUUGCCCUGAUUUCUCACCUUAUCAGAAGGUUACUAUUGUACUUCGAAUGAUGGCCUAUAGCUCCCCAGCUGAUUUGAUAGAUGAAACACAUGGUAUGUCUGAGUCUACAUGCCCUGAUACUCUUGAACAAUUCUGUGACACAAUUGUUCAGGUUUACAAAGACGAGUACCUCUGUGAGCCAAAUAAAAAAGAUCUAGAUUGGCUCAUUCACAAAGCUGAAGACCCUGGGUUUCCAGGCAUGAUAGGGGUCAUUAGACUGCAUACAUUAAGAUUAGAAGAACAUUCCCACCGGAUGGCAAUGAGGCUUAUACGAAAGGUAAAGAAAGCUAACUACUGUGUUAGAGGCGGUUGA